GUUGACGCGCAUUUGUCAUUUGGAAAGCGAACGCGUCGCUCGCUGGAGCGCUGAAGCCGCCGCGCGUGCCGCGAUUGUUUUUAUAAGAAACAUUUAAAAACAUUCUUAAUUCAAAUGUGAUUUCAAUUUUUCUGUGUGUAUGGCCAGUGUUUUUUUUUAGUGUUGUUCAUUGUGGUAAAACUUUCGUGAUUUUUGUUUACAUAAAUGGCAUUGUUGGUGUUCAUGAAGGAAAUGACAGCGAAAUCAAAGCAGAUAACAGCUGAUACAAAGAGUACCUAACUAAAUUAUCUACCUACAUACACGGGAUAUAGGUACCUAUCUAUACAAUAACGCCUAAAAGUAUUUUUAAAUUAUUAACAAGUGAUUAAAAAAUAACAUUGACAAAACGAACAAUUAUUUGAAAAAAAAAGUGUUCACAACAUAUUAUUUGACGUUACGUCCUGGCACCGCGGAGUUUAGCCAAGGCUAGUGAUGUGCAUUAGUUCAAAUAUUAGCAUAAACAAAAACAGUUAAAUGCCGCCGACUGAGACGGAGACACGUGACGGCAUGCUGUGCCUGUCACGCCACGAGAACUGCCCCUGGGGCGAAGCCCUGAAAACCGCCAAACUCAAUUGGACUGGACUUCAGUACACCUGUCUGAAGAUUUUUCACCUUUACUGCAAGGUGUUUGACAAGGAAGAUGUUAUGGAAAUGGUCAUUCGAAAAACAUGCAAGUCGUGCGGCUGCGACCGUCUGCAGCACUCUGUGUACCACGAGGAGCUGGGCUCUGUGCGGGACCGGCUCGGCCUCCGGGACUCCAGGGUCAACCACAAUGGAUACGACAGCCCCCCUGGACUCACUGCCAAGCAGACGGAACUUUAUUGGGCAGCGUUGAACGAACGGGCACCUACUGUAGGUGGCGCCACUGGACCAGCGGCAUGGCGAGCGUGGCGAACUAGAGCCUUGGCAUCACAACUACCGAAACAAGAUCUCUCAUUAGCACACUGCAGGCAUAUAGAUGAACAGCAUAAAAAACAAUUUGAAGAUUUCGUGGCUGCCCGCAACGAAAUCGCGCUUGAUAUCGGUGUCGCAUAUCAACACCACACAUCAUCAACAGAGUGUAUGGGAUGCAAUAAAGCUAUUCGUACUGGAAGUAUCGCCAUUCAGGCACCAAGGAUUGGAGAAGAGGCGGCUUACCACCCCGCCUGCUUCGCUUGCUCGGAGUGCGAUGAGUUCCUGGUGGAGCUCGCAUACUGCGCUAUCGACGGCCGCUUGUACUGCGUCAGACAUUACGCUGAGAAGCUGAAACCGCGUUGCAACGCUUGCGAUGAGCUCAUUUUCAGUGGCGAAUACACCAAGGCGAUGAACAAGGACUGGCACAGCGGCCACUUCUGCUGCUGGCAGUGCGACGAGUCGCUGACCGGCCAGCGCUACGUGCUGAGGGAUGAGCACCCCUACUGCAUCAAGUGCUACGAGAGCGUCUUCGCCAACGGCUGCGAAGAAUGCAACAAGACCAUCGGCAUCGACUCUAAGGAUCUGUCGUACAAGGACAAGCACUGGCACGAGGCCUGCUUCCUCUGCGCCAAGUGCCGCGUGUCUCUCGUGGACAAGCAGUUCGGCUCCAAGCUGGACAAGAUCUACUGCGGCAACUGCUAUGACGCCCAGUUCGCCAGCCGCUGCGAUGGCUGCGGAGAGGUGUUCCGUGCUGGAACCAAGAAGAUGGAAUACAAGACGCGGCAGUGGCACGAGAAGUGUUUCUGCUGCGUGGUCUGCAAGAACCCCAUCGGCACCAAGAGCUUCAUCCCGCGUGAGCAGGAGAUCUACUGCGCUGGAUGCUACGAGGACAAGUUCGCUACCCGCUGCGUUAAAUGCAACAAGAUCAUCACGCAAGGCGGCGUGACCUAUAAGAACGAGCCGUGGCACCGCGAGUGCUUCACGUGCACCAACUGCAACACGUCCCUGGCCGGCCAGCGAUUCACUUCCCGCGACGAGAAGCCGUACUGCGCAGAGUGCUUCGGGGAGCUGUUUGCGAAGCGAUGCACUUCUUGCUCCAAGCCCAUCACUGGCAUCGGCGGCACUCGUUUCAUCUCCUUCGAAGACCGCCACUGGCACAAUGACUGCUUCAUCUGCGCACAAUGCAAAACCUCGCUGGUGGGCAAAGGUUUUAUCACCGACGGCCAAGAUAUCAUCUGCCCGGAGUGCGCCAAACAGAAGCUAAUGUAAAUACUCGCCUUGUAUAACGCUUCUCGGGUGUGUCCUGUCCAAUCCGAACUAUGCACAUUUUCUUACAACUCACAAUCGAUAUUGAAAACGAUUUAAAAAAUAACUGUCAGUUCGAAAAUGGAACGAUUUGAAUUUUUUUUUUCGUAAAGAUUCAAAACGAGAACAUUACUAUCUAUUUCAAAAAUAACUGAGUAAACAAAUUGUAAAAAAAAAAAUUAAAACGGAAUGAAUUUAAUUGUAAAUAUUUGGUAUGACAAUGAAAUUGUAUUCCUUCUGUGACGUACAAUUUCUCGUAUUGAAAGAUUGUGAAUUGUUGCCAUCCGGCUCAGCACGUUUAUUCUUCCACUAAUAAACAUUGUGACUGACCAGAUUUUUGUGCAUACAGCGAUAACAUCGUUCUACCCGUAGUCGCUAACGCCAGAGAUUGGUGCACGUCUAAAAGACAGGACCCCGCGAGCGAUCAGCUGUUCGACCUUGUCGACAAAGUAAACCUGCGCAAGGUCCAUCAGUAGUCUUGUUUCUGGAAGCGUUGUUAAUGGUAUUUUUAUAAAAAAAAAACUUUAUAAAAAUCACAAAAAAAUAACGUGGAUGCACAAAAUAUGUAUUACUUAA